AUGUCUCCUGCCGUCAGUCAGCUUGGGCAGAUCGUCGAGUACAUCCCAGACCGAUUGUAUCUAGCAUCUUAUACCUCCCCGCCAACUCAAGACACUCUUUUCCCAUAUCCCGAACGCCAACCUACUCGACGAUCCCCCAGCAAGCGGUCUGCCAGAGCUGUUGAUGGUCCAGCGGCUGUAUCCGACAGAGACCGCACUCCACCAUAUUAUUUCUCCAUCGAUGACUCGCUCCUCUACAAUGCUUUCCACCACGAUUUCGGACCAUUACACAUUGGGCAUCUUUACAGAUUCGCCGUUCAAUUUCAUGAUAUCCUAGGCGCCCCAGAGAACAAAGAUAAACCAGUCGUGUUCUGGAGCAAGGCCGAUGCGCGGAGUCGAGCGAACGCUGCUUGCAUUCUUGCUUCGUACAUGGUCUUAAUUCAAGCUUGGGCACCACAUCUCGCCCUCGCACCGAUCGCACAAGUCAACCCUCCCCUCAUGCCUUUCCGCGAUGCAGGUUAUAGCCAGGCAGAUUACGGCAUUACAGUACAAGAUGUGGUAUAUGGUGUUUGGCGUGCAAAGGAGCAAGGAUUCUGCGCUCUGCCAUCCUUUGAUUUGGAGGAAUAUGAAAGAUAUGAGCGAGUGGACCAGGGCGAUUUCAACUGGUUAACUCCAGAUUUCCUCGCAUUUGCGUCACCACAACAUACUCCAGUUGCACCAAUAUUACCGUCCUCCCCAUUAUACGCCACUCUUCCUUCGACUUUGGAGGCUGUUGACGCUCACCCAACACUCCCGGGUCCGUUUAAGAAUGUCUUGAAACAUUUCUCGCAACGUGACAUUGGUCUUGUUGUUCGUCUGAACUCCGAGCUUUACUCCCCAUCAUACUUUACCGCUCUCGGAAUCGAGCACUUGGAUAUGAUUUUUGAUGACGGCACUUGCCCCAAUUUAUCUGUUGUUCGCAAAUUCAUCAGACUGGCGCACGAAAUGAUUACAAUCAAGAAGAAGGGAAUUGCUGUGCACUGCAAAGCUGGUCUUGGUCGCACUGGAUGUUUGAUUGGAGCGUAUCUCAUCUACCGAUAUGGAUUUACUGCAAACGAAAUCAUCGCAUACAUGCGCUUCAUGCGUCCAGGUAUGGUCGUAGGUCCACAACAACAUUGGCUGCAUCUCAACCAAGGCACUUUCCGAGAGUGGUGGAUCGAGGAGCAGUUUGAGAUCAAGAUGAAGGAGAAAAUCGCGAGCCUUACUCCAACAACACCAACAAGAGUCAGCUCCAAGCCAUAUCUGUCCAACAACCAGAUUGCCACUCCACCUAAUGCUAGCAGGCGAUCACCACUUGGUGAAGUUGACAACGAGCAGCGUAACAGCAUUGGUGUCCAGGAAGAUUGCUUACCAGCUCCUACGCCUGGUCAACCUCGAAAGACAAGCAAGGCCAUCGACCGCCAUCAUCCAUACAACCGAGCUGUUUCAAGCUACACCACAACAGAAGAUGAGCACACCAUUCAGCGAGAGACAGAAAUGAUCUCGAUUCAUAGACAAUCGCUUGACGAUCCAGAUGGGGAGGACGAAUGGACGAUGAGAAUGAAGACAAGCCGAAAGUCAUCCCGGUCACCAGGCAGAACAACAGAAAAAAGAUCCGUCAGCCACCAGACCACCACAACAAUUUACUCCAUCGACAACGACAGCAGUAAUGAUAUCGAAAACAUUGGAGCUUCUCGCCCCAAGGUCCCUGGAACAAUGAAAUCGGGCAGCGGAUCGAGCACACUCAGCAAAGUCCGUGGCAGUCCAAAGCGAACAGGUGAUAGCUUAAGAGAAAAGACUGGAGUUCGAAAGACCAGCGGAAGAGUAGGCAGUGUAUCGGCAUCCUCAUCUCGCAAAGUUUCGGGCCUGUAA